CAAGUGGUACAAUUGAUGAAAUUAAUUUCUUUUGAUGGUGCAAAACUUGAAGUGGCAAAAAUGGCUUAUCCAUACACAUGCGAUCGAGGUUCUUAUGCAAGUAUUGUCGGCGAUGCACUUUCAUUUAGUGAUGCUAAAUCAGAAUUAAAUGAAUAUAUUCGUAGUCAAUGUUGGUGA